GUAGCACCGCUCGUGGCCCAACAAUAACCGAACGGUGUUCUGUGUUUAGCACCAAAUUCCAAUCUUUUCUUUUCUCAACGUCUCGGCACUCUCCGCAAGCCCUAGCUCCCGCUGUGCACAGUUGGCGUGCCCAACCGAACCCAGACAAUCCGAGCGCUGAGAAUGGCGACGAGUGAGCACACAGUGCUGCAGUUCACACCGUCUUCGGCGAGUUUUUCGGCGAGGGUUCACCCUCUAGUUAUCUUCAACAUCUGCGAUUGCUACGUGAGGCGUCCUGACCAAGCCGAGCGUGUAAUCGGUACCCUCCUUGGCUCGGUCUCUUCCGACGGCACGGUUGAAAUCCGCAACUCCUAUGCCGUUCCACACAACGAGUCCUCCGACCAGGUUGCUUUGGAUAUCGAGUACCAUCACAAUAUCCUAGCAUCGCACCAAAAAGUGAAUCCGAAGGAAGUCAUUGUUGGAUGGUAUUCAACUGGUCUUGGUGUCACUGGUGGUAGUGCACUCAUACACGAGUUUUAUUCUAGAGAAGUUCCCAAUCCUGUUCAUCUGACUGUUGACACAGGAUUCAGGAAUGGACAGGGAACAAUCAAAGCGUAUGUUUCUUUCAUUUUGUCUCUUGGAGACCGGCAUCUUGCUGCGCAAUUCCAGGAAAUUCCUCUUGAUCUUCGUAUGGUUGAAGCUGAACGAGUUGGAUUUGAUAUCGUAAAGUCAAGAACGGUUGACAAACUCCCAAAUGAUUUAGAAGGGAUGGAAGCUUCAAUGGAAAGGCUAUUAGCUUUAAUUGAUGAUGUCCACAAAUAUGUUGACAAUGUUAUGGAUGGGCAUGUAGCUCCAGAUAACAGUAUAGGGAGAUUUUUAUCAGAAACUGUAUCGUCCCUUCCCAAACUGUCACCAUCAGCUUUGGAUAAACUUGUAAAUAACAGUCUACAGGACAAUUUUCUCUUGCUCUAUUUGUCAAGCAUCACCAGGACGCAGCUCAGCUUAGCCGAAAAGUUGAACACAGCUGCUCAGAUUUUGUAGUGCGAAUCUGUCUGAAGGAACCCAUGUGCCAAGAAAAUUUAAUUUACCAAGUGUUCCGUACGUGAUGUAUGGCAACUUUGAAGUUGCUGACUUUUUAUUCGGAGAGAGUCAUGAUAUGUUGCAUGAUUUUGAAUAGGCGGGGUAUCAUUGAUUUGAGGAAAGAAGAGUCCUUUUGCGGCGGUUGAAUUAUAUCUGGAGCAAAUUUUUGUGGUCGAGAUCAAGUACUAUUGUUUCUUUUCUGGUAUAAGAAUGCUCCCGAGAUUUUCUUUAAUUUUUUUUUCGCUGGGUUUAUUAAUAUUAGUAAGUUUCUUAGAAUGUUAAAUGUGGAUAGGACUAUUUCCACAAAACCACUCAAAUCUAUGAUUCUAUCGUACAUGUACAGUUGCUUUCCUGCAGUUAACGAGAAACCUAGUCACGUA